GACAACGACUACUGGACGCGGAACUCUUCGAAUUUGCGCCAGAUCCUAUCGAAAUAUCGGCAGUAAUUAUUCGUAAUCGAACGAUCACGAAUUUGAAUCAUAUUUCAUCAUGGCGGAUAUUGCUAGCAAAGAGGUGCCUUUGCACUCAGUACAAGUUGAGGCAUUGGUUGUUAUGAAGAUUGUAAAGGCUUGUGCCGCAACCUACCCAACCACAGCCACCGGAUCGAUCGUUGGUAUGGACUCGAACGGAACUCUCCAAAUCACAAAUUCCUUCCCAUUCCCUACGACGGAUGUUGCUACCUCGGAUUCCCACCCAAAUGACCACAUGGCCGCCUCGAACAUCGCUGCCGCAGCUCCAAGAUCGAAAGCCAAUGUCAUUUACCAGAGUGAGAUGAUCAAGAUGUUGAAGGAAGUUAAUGUCGAUGCCAACAACGUCGGAUGGUACACGAGUGCAAACAUGGGAAAUUUCAUCAACACUAGCCUGAUCGAAAACCAAUUCUUCUACCAAAAGGAACCAAAUGAGAGAACUGUCGCACUUGUCCACGACGUGAGCAGAAGUGCCCAAGGUGCUUUGAGUCUACGUGCUUUCAGACUUUCCCCAACCUUCAUGGCCGCGUACAAGGAGAGUAAAUUCACCACUGAGAACAUGCAAAAGUCGAAGCUCACAUACAAAGACAUCUUGGUCGAAUUACCAAUCAUUGUCCACAACUCCCACCUUUUGACCUCAUUCUUGCACCAAAUGCCAGUCGAAUUACCAAAGAAGGAUCUUGAUUUCCCAGCAAGUUUCGCAGACCUCAAUCGAAACACACCGCCAACUCCUCUUUAUCCUAACAUGGAAUCCUUGGACUUAUCUAUUGAUCCUUACUUGGAGCGAACCUGUGAUAUGCUUUUGGAUAGCAUCGAAACUCAUUACACUGAGCUUAACAACUUCCAAUACUUCCAAAGACAAUUGACUCGUGAACAAGCCAAGGUCACAGCAUGGAAGGCAAAGCGUACAGCGGAGAAUGCUACUAGAGCUACACAGAAACUCGCACCUCUACCUGAGGAUGAGUGGGAAAGACUCUUCAAGCUCCCAACAGAACCAAGCAGAUUGGAGGGUAUGUUGAACGCACGACAAGUUGAGCAAUACUCAAGACAGGUGGAUGGAUUCACUGCUAGUAUCACCGGAAAGAUGUUUGCAGUAAAGAGCAACCUCUUACCAGAACAAAACUAAAAGGAAACGUAUGUAAUGCAGCUGGUAGUAGGGACAUUAAGGUUGCUAGCUAGGGCACUUAUGAGGGAUUUCUUGCAUGGGCAUGGCGUUCAGAGGGAUAUGUCAAUAUGUGGGAUCAUAUUCAUGAUCAAAAAAGGAACGAUAGACAACACCUUGAGAACUCUUUUUUUCUUAUGGAUGUAUAGAUAUCUCGUAUAUUCCUCCAAAAAUGCACGGACUUUUGAUAUUGUCCACCCACCAACGUGCAACUCAACCCCACUUAC